GGGUGGGGGGCAUGGCGGGCGUGAGGCGCUGGGCCCCCCCGAGUCCGUGACUAGCUGCGCCUCCUAGCUGGGAACCCGCCAUUCCCGGCUCCUGAGGGCCCCCCACCCGGCCGCCACUAUGUUACAGGAAAUCAGUGAGCAGGGCUCGGAAGCGGGAGAUGACAGUCUAUCUGCGAUUACCUACGAAUCAGACUUAGAGAUGAAAUCAAAAAAGAAAACUUUUCACAAAUAUCCACCAAGAUCACCAAAGUCUCCCUAUCAUACCAAGCCUAAACAGAUCUCAUCUUGGAGAUAUUUAAAGGCAGCAGGGACAAUGCCUCUCAGUGGCAGGAUGGCUUUAACCCCACAGAAACAAUGGCUUGGACCUUCAAAACAAGGUCAUAGUCCUGGGGCCCCUGUUUAUAGAGAGAAGGAAGAUAUGUAUGAUGAGAUUAUUGAAUUGAAGAAGUCAUUACACUCUCAAAAAGGUGAUGUGGAUUUUAUGAAAACAAAGCUUCGACGAUUAGAAGAAGAGAACAGCAGAAAAGAUCGGCAGAUUGAACACCUCCUGGAUCCUAAUCGAGGCUGUGAAUUUGCCCGGAGUAUGGUUGACAAAAGGCCUGGUACUGGCUGGGUCAUUAAUGGAUUAAAACAGAGGAUUAUCAAGUUGGAACAGCAAUGCAAGGAAAAGGACAAUACUAUCAUUAAACUUCAGACAGAUAUAAAGAUGACUAAUUUGGAAGAAAUGAGGAUCGCCAUGGAGACUUAUUAUGAGGAGAUCCAUCGUCUUCAGGUUCUUUUGGCAAAUACCGAAACAACAGGAAAGAAGUCCCCAGCCGACAAGAAGUCAACUCAGAAAAAGCAGAAGAAAUUGAGUGCUACUGUCCUACACUUGUCUAGAAAUGUUCAAGAACUUCAGGAAGAGAACCAAAGCUUGAAAGAAGAUCUGGACCGGGUGCUAAGCAAUUCCCCUAUUUCUAACAAAGCAAAAGGUUAUAGUGAAUGGAGUAAACAAAGGCUAAUGAGACGAAUCUCAGAGUUGGAAAAGAAAGUGGGUGAGCUCGAGAACACAGGAUCUCGUUCUCCAGAACAGGUCAGAUUGGUUCCCUUGAUUCAGUCAGCACCAAACACAGCACAGCAAGAUCUGCUGAGAUCUGAGCACUCUGAGGAGUGUGAGAGACUUCGAGGGAUAGUAAGAAAGCUGAAGGGGGACCGGAGCGCCCUGCAAGCUCAGCUGUCUGAUAAAGAUUUGGAAAUGAAGCAGUUACUACAGGCAAAAUCUACUUUGGAGAAGGAACUGAAAAAAGUGGAGGAGACGGAGAAAGACAGGAAGGAGAAAGAAGAUACCAUGAGAGAGGAAAUUCAGAGACUUACCAAGAAGUUGCAAGAGACAGAAGUGGACCAGAGAAAGAUUGAAGAUGAUCCCAUGGAGAUAACACAUGAGACUCAGGAAGAUGCCUUUAUCUCCUCCAACAUUACCUGUAUCCAAACUCAGCAAGGUUUUGUGUCGAGUUCAAGUAAUGUGUCCAUUCAGUCUCCUACUUUCCACCCUGAUGCACGGAACAAAGCGCACAGUAGAGAUAAAGCUGCCAGAAUUAUCCAAACUCAGUGGAAGAUAUUCAAGAGAAAGAAAAAAGAGGCUAAUCUGGAUGAGGCGGCUGCUGUGCUGCAGGCAGUUUUCAGGGGACAUUUAGCACGGGAGAAGCUGUUUUCGAGCAAUACAUUUGAUUCAGAAUCUCCCAGCAUGCCCAGCUUUCCAAAUAAGAGAUCCAACACAUCCUGCCAUUCCCCAGUUUUGGUGGCUGAAAACAAGGAGGAAGACGAGGCUAUUGCAGUCAUCCAGUCGAUUUUCAGGGCACACUCAACACGGAUGGGAUACCAUGAAAAAACAGCCUCUGAUUCUCCCAUAAGUGAAAAGAAACCUAUUUCAGCAGUGUUCGAGAAAUCAGCCUGUCUAGUCUCUACACCAUCUUCUCUUGGUAAAGAAGAUAGUGAAAUUAGUAGUGAAGAGACUAUAGAAGAAUUACCAGCUGAUGAUGAUGAGAGUAUGCAGCCAAAAGAGCUUAAGGCACUGGUUCAUCAACCCUGUUGUGCUGUUUCCUCCCAUACCCGAUUGCAGUCCAUUGUUGCUCCACCAGUGGAUGAAGUAAGCUCCGACGAUUCCGAUGAUAUCGUCAUCUCUCCAUCUCUGCCCAUGAAGAAAAAAAACUCUCCCCAUGUUUAGCUCUAGGCUUUUGUAACUGUUUAUAGAAACUACCCCACACAUGAAACUGUUCUUUAUUAUUGGAUGAGGUUAAGGCUAAAAGCACAUAGGACUACCUUGAGCCCUUAUUCUCUAAUGCUGGCAAAGCAAUUUGAUUGGUAGGGAAAUGACAUCUAUUUAUUCUUCAUAGAGAUUUAAGGCACCAGGCUAGCCACAAUGCAAAAGUUAUGAUGAGUGGUAGAGGAUCAAAGAAAGCUUUAGGGAGAGUCCAGGGUAGCUUUUCCCUUAGUUUUUGACAGCAUCAUUAUCAGCAUUAUUAACAGAUGAGAGCUAUAUUUCAAAGUACAAAAGCUGAAUUUCACCUUCUUGUAGUAGAGCUCUUGUGGGCAUGAUACCUCCCACAUUCCUGGGUGUAUCCACCUACCUGCUUUAGAGCUCUCUACUGUACAACUCUAUAAAGUGGAACUGGUGAUUAUGUCACUGGGAAAAUAAAAAUUAAAAAACACAAUUUUAUAAACCAGAGAAGCUACAUUAAAAGUACUUUUGAAAAUGUAUUAGAUUGUCUUAGCAAGGUGGCCUUACAAAGGCCAGCUGUUGGUGUGGCAGGCUGAGGAGAGGAGAGGAAAAGUUACUGAUCACAAAGUGCAAAUGAAGUCCUCCCUGUCCAUUCUGUAUAUAAAGAGUCCUUGGGUUCUCAUCGUCAGUUGUUUUGUUCCUGCUGCAUAGUGAAGGCCACUCUUAAACCUUGAGCAGCCCUAGUCCUUGGUAAAGGCCAUAACUAGCAGUAGGCCAAAUGCUGAAUUCCUCCAGAAUCCAGCUGCCCCAAAUGGAAAGAGCUGCCAUACUUGAAAGGAACAACUGAAACACUAGGGAUUGUGUGUGUCAGAAUAGCACCUCAUCUUCUAUGAGGAAUAUUUUUUUAAUAGAACUAGUUGAAAAGUGAAAAAUUCAUUCAAACACCCAAAUCUUUUUGCUUUGUUAUUAAUUUUCAUGGUGUCAAAUAAUUGUUCCUUGAAGAAAAAUUUUUUUGACUGGUGGAUUGACUGAGCUGAUUGGUGGUUUUAGGAUUUGGGGAAUUCAGUCUCACAUUUUGUUUCUUUAUGAUCUUCCUCCUCCUUGCUUUCACUAGGUUCCAGAGCUAAUCUGUUCAGUCAGGCAUAAGCACCAGGAAGAUUUAGUUAAAACUAAGAAAUCCUUGCCUGUAACUGUUCAGUCAGUAUAGGUUAAAAAUUAAAAUUUCUAUUUACUUCUCCCCCACUUAAAAAAAAAAGAAAUUCAUUCAAUUUCUUUCUGCGUCUGCUUUUUAACUCUUAGGAAUUAAUGAUCCAAGAAGUUAUUUAUAACUUUCUGGGGAGAGGGUGAGGGGAGGGAAUGAUAGCCUUCCUUUUCCUAUUAGGAGAUUUGGUUGUGUCUACCUUUAAGCCCAAGACUUCUUGUCCAGAUAAGGGUGUGGAUGGUGACAGGAUAAUAGGCAACUGUCAAACCAAACAAUGGUUACUCGGGCAGACGUGUUCAACGAGCUUCUGUCAAGUCAAAGAAGUUUGAUUCUUCUCUAAAAUGUUAAGAGUAAGGCUGGAAGGAAGUACAGAUGACCUAAUUUAUAAUGUGAUCUGUAGGUGUCUUUUGAAGUAAUAAAUAGGGGAAAGCCCAACCCAUUUUCUUCAGCAUUUCUAAUAUGAUAAGAGAAUUAUUUUUGUUAGUAGGCUUAAGUUUUUAAGUAAGAAUUAUAAAUGUAAUUAUUCUUUCUGUAUGUUAUACUUCAAUAUUACAUUUAAGAACUUUUUUUUUUUUGGAGGAGAGGAAGUAAAUAUAUAAGUUCAGUCCUUCAGCUACCUGAACUCUAUCCACAGCCAGACUUCCAAGGAAGUGAAUGCUCUUUGCAUUUCUGUCAGAGGAAUAAAAUCCCUUUUAGCAGAGGAGGGGCAUGUACUACUCUGGUUUCCUGAAAUGCCUGUGCUCAGGGAUUUCUGUAACUCUUCCUGAAGAAAAGCAUAGGAUGUUGUCAGUUUCUGGUGUGUCUUAACGGUUGCCAUUCUAUGUAUGGUCCUUUCUGUUGUGUGCUACUUAAGUUAAAAUUGGCAGAAAAAAGCUGCUAGUAGUGUUUGGUAGGAGGAGAAGAUGUGCCAAACCCAAGUGUGACUUGUGCGUAUGAAGAGAAAAGAAAGCUUCUCAGGCUGACAUGCCUAGCUGAAGAAAAUAGGCCUCUUUCUCCAGAUUGUGCAUUUUCCUUCAGUUGAAACAGAAUCUCUCUUAAUAUUUUGCUGCCUACAAUAUGACCCCCUCCAUGAUCCAUCUGUGUACUUGCACCCUUAUUUGAGUUCCCUAGGAAAUUGUCCAUUUGCCUGAGCAGAAAACAGCUUCAUUUAUUGAAAGUCAUUUAAGGACCUCAGAAGAAAGCCAAAUGCCUAUAUGAGUGUUUCUGGAUCAAUCUCAAGGUGAAGAUUUGAGAAGUGAGAAUUCUCACUGUUUGUGGAAUAAACUAGGACCUUAUUCCUAAAGAUCAUGUUUGCACAUUGCAAAAGCUUGACUAUAUUCUGAUAGUCUCCAUGAGUAGGCUCUGGCUUAACCACCCACCUGAAGAUGGUGGCUCAUUCCUCUGAUGGGAGAAGGACUUGUAUUACUACCUUCUACAUCCUCUCUUGGAGAAGGAAAUGGCAAACUGCUGUGGUAUCUUUGCCAAGAAAACCCCAAAUGGGGUCAUGAAGAGUUGAAUAUGCCUGAAAAACUGAACAACUGAACCUUCUCUCUGGAUAAAUAGAACUGCAAGUCGUAGGCCUAUUUGCUUAACAUCUUUCACCCCAACACCACUGCAUUCCCUUGAAAAUACAAAAUAUAUAAAGAAAGAAGCAAAAUAUUACUUUCUGUUCUUAUUGUGUAAAACGUUUAAUUUUGAAGAGAAAAAAAAACAAACUUUCUCAAUCUCAGCUAUACUCUUUAAGUAGAAGUGAUGGUAUCACUCUAUGAACAGAAAGCUUAAUUUUAGAUAGGGAAUUUUUCAUCACUUUUCUCCCAGAUGUGUGUGUUAGUUUUUUUAAAUAUCAAUAUCCAUUGUUGAGAUGGUGCCUGAUAAAGUGAUGCUUCUAUUGAAUUUAAGGGACUGAAAGGGCUUUUUAACUGUGGGUUAUCAUAGCUCACACCAGCAUUCUCAGCCAAAGGAAGCUAGAUGGCUGCUUCACAAUGAAGCUGCUUCUAUUUUAUCCCUUCACUGGAAAUACUGUCUGAACAGUAUCCAUAGGCUGCUGCUAGCAACCCUCCAUCCCUACUGCUACCCUUUUCUGUGGAACUGACCUUCCCCACUGGAUGGCUUACCCCUGCUGAGCUUUCACAUCCAUAAUUGUUCUCUUCCAUGGGAUGGGGGAAAAAUACCCUUGUCAGAAGCCGGGGACAGGUUGUUCCAUUAGUUUUUCUGUAGAUGCCCUUAGAGUUAUGUGAGAGUGAUUUAUAAUUAAUCUAAGUGGUAGUACAUCUAUAUGGAUCACUUGCUUCAGGUUCCCCUACUAGGCCUGGAGAUACUGGGAAAAGAAUGGGGGGACAGGUGGGGUGCAAGAUAUGUGGAAUAUGCAGGUGUCAAGGCCAAAGUGAUAGAGCUUCACAGUCUCUUCUGAGAUGGGAGCUGUUUAGAUGAUGCAAAUGGUUAAAAGGGGACUCCAUUAGUGAGUUAGACAGUAAUGCAAAACUAUUAUCUGCACAUUAGAAUCCAUUACAGGGACACUCAUUUUAAAAAACUGAACUGUAAAGUGUUUUAAAUGGAGUUAAAUCUAAGAUGCUAGAAGUAUUUGUGUUAGCGUCUUGAUCCCAGAGAAAGGAGAAAGUAGUGCAGUGGAAGGUAUAGCCUGGAGAAAGGGAUUUGAAGGCAAAGGGAAGAAGUGCCCACUUGGAGGGUCAAACUAAACACUGCCUAGAUAGGACAUGUCUUCCGAUAGGCUAUGAAAUGCAAUAGCUAUAAAACUGCUUAGACCUGAUGAUGGGAAGUGGGGUAAAAGUAUAGGGGGAAGGGGAAGAAGCUUGAAAUGUUAGGAAUGUUUACUUUUUCUUUUUUUUGGUGAGGCAAUUGGGGU